GGGGGGGGGGGGGGGGCAGAAAAAAAAGUUAAUUACUUCCAUGACCUGAAAUCAACCCUAUCAGCUCAAACUGUCAAUAACCAGUUGGCUUCUUGCUAAGUACAGACCAGAACUAGCCCUGUAGAAAAUGAAAUGUUCCUGGGAAGCCCCAGAAACACAAUGCAGCCGGUUGUAUCCGUAACGCCCUCCGAGGAAACAAUUUCCGCCACAGGCAGCGUGGGGUCCUUGUGCCAGAGGAUGCUUUGGAGCCAGAGCUUCCACUGACUGGUUUGAACCUCAUGGCAUGGCACCAGGUCCAAAUGAACUGUGUGCCCUGGCAAGCAACACCCCCAGUAUUUCCAGUUCCCCAAACUGGGCUACAAUAAUGACCGCCUCUGGAAUCUUAAUUACGUACUGGAGGAAGGACAGUUCUGCUCUUCAGUGGUAGUAACGGGAAUUUGGAAUGAAGCAAAAAUUUUGUUUACUGGAAAGCAUGCUCUGUCAUGCAGGUUGCAAGGUGAGGGGGUUUCCAGUUCACUGCUGCCAAUCCCAUCUGCAAACAACCUGACUCCACAGCUGCAAAUUAGUUCCUCUCUACCCUCAGCUCUCUGAAACAGUUAACUUGUGGCUGUGAGACCAUCCUAUCUCCCUGCCUGCUCAACAAUAGAUCCAGCUAAACAAAUGCCUCCUAAUUGACUUUGAGCAACACUUGAUUGCUUUUACAAAAAACAAAAGAGAGGAAAACAUUGGGGUUUAUGAAAUAAUGACUAAUCCUGGAGCAAGAGAAAGGGGAUGGGUUGGAGCACUGGUGUCAAACAGAGAUUCAAUCUUGGCUGAAAGAGCCUCAAGACACAUGGGCCAAGUCAUUCAUCCCUCCCCAACUGCCCUCAUUUCCACACCUGCUGAUCUAAGCCAAACCCCUGCUAAAAUCCAAACAAUCAGGGCCGCUGGCAAAUGAAAAUUGGCGCAUUGUCUUCCCCAUGAGGGCUCUGAAAGGGCCACACUUAAUGAGGAUGGACUGACAGAGAGGUGGCUUGUAUGCUAUAAAAGGCGUCCCACAGUCUGGAGCAGCUCAGUCUGGGGUGCGCCGCCUGUUUGCCUGCUCUCGGCUUGCUCGAGCAUGGUCACGGCCCAGCGCAGGCACCCCUCGAGGUCGGGUGGCCCAUGGCUGCUGGGGCUCCUGGCGUGCCUGCUGCUCUGGGGCUCUCCAGGAGCCUGGGCGAGCUACCUGAGGAGAUCCUCCAGCUGCACGCCCAUUCCACACCACAUGGCCUUGUGCUACGAUAUCGGCUACUCUGAGAUGAGGAUUCCCAACCUGCUGGAGCACGAGACCAUGCCAGAAGCGAUCCAGCAGUCUUCCAGCUGGCUGCCCUUGCUGGCCAGGGAGUGCCACCCAGAUGCUAGGAUUUUCCUCUGCUCCCUCUUUGCACCAAUCUGCUUGGACAGGCUCAUCUACCCCUGCCGCAGCCUGUGCGAGGCCGUCAAGAGAAGCUGCGCACCCGUCAUGGCUUGUUACGGCUACCCCUGGCCUGAAAUCCUGAACUGCAACAAGUUCCCUGCAGAUCACGAACUCUGCAUCGCAGCAGUCUCCACAGAUGAAAAUUCCUCGAGCAGGAGAAUGCCCCGAGCCAGCUGCAAGGACUGUGAACUUGAGGAGGCCAGCACUGCCAGGGAGAUCCUGGAAAACCUCUGUGCCAAUGAUUUUGCAGUGAAAAUCCGAAUCCUGAGGAAGAACAUGACCACCACCAUCUCGGACUUCGACCUGGACCCCUCCAGGGUGGAGGUCCUGAAGCAUGGCCCACUCCUCAGAACUGAAAUCCCCACCAGGCUCCAGCAGUGGCUGGACAUAGAUGCUACCUGUGUCCACAACAUCAUGAGAGGCACCCAUGCAGGUGUCUUUGUUGUGAGCGGCGAAGUACAGAGCGACAAAGUGGUAGUGAACAAGGCCUAUGCCUGGCAGAAGAAGAACAGGAACCUGCACCAGGCAGUGCGGAGGUGGAAACAUCACCGCUGCCCUGAACAGGCUGGCCGGAAGGUCUGAAAAAUCUCAGUUCCAACAAUAAGAAACUGCUCCCUUUCCUAUGGCUAGAAAACUCCUUUCCCUGGCAGUUGGUGUUUUGGAGAUGUACAGUCAAUAUGUUUAGGUGAUUCAAAGCAGUCAUAGCCCACAGCUAGGGCCUCACUGCAGAUCUCCGUUUUACUGAGACAGAGUUCAGUAAAGGAUGCAGAUUUCAUGUAUUCUUCUCCCAAGGCUCUGCAGAUCCAGAGUGAUAGAUGGCUUUCUGUAGGAUCCAACAUCACAACAAAACUGAACUGAACUCUGCAGCCAAGCACAAACUAGAAGAGACCUUUAGUAACAGCUCCUUCUAGCUCUCAUCAUCAUCAACGCUGAUAGACAGUUCAGCUUCGUUAUUUGACCCUGAGACACUGAUGCUGUUCAAGUGCCUGCUUGCUUUCUGUCCAGAGAGAUUACACGCAAGUCGCCCUGACUGCUAAGUGAUGCUUUGUGUGUAAUGAAGCAAAUAUUUCACCCUUGAACAGUCUGAGGUAAAUUAAGAGGGAGAGGAGCCCACCCUGGCAAUGCCCAGCCCCUUAAAAGCUGAAUGCUAAACUCUGUUCUUGAGCGGUCAUUUAGGCUGUGCCUUCAGCUUGCUGCACUGAGACCUGAUGAGCACCUGCACAGGUAAAAGGAAACAGCCGUUUUUGAGCAGGAGAGGUACAGAGCAAAGAUAGCUGAGGGUUUCUGCAUAACAGGGAAAACCAUUUUUAAAAAUCAGAAAUUCAGUUUGGAUCAGAAGAUUCUGGUAACUGGGGAACUACCAAAGAUAUCAAGAGCCCUGAGAAAGAGCAGAGUGGGAACGUAACAUCAGCUGUCUAAACCUCUACUUUGGUGCACGACAGCAGCUUCGCUUGGGACUCGGAGGUGAGCCCCAGCCACAGCACAAUAGGAGCUACUUGCAGUUCUGAUAUGGGAGGAGGGGAGAAGUGUUACACAGCUGUCUGGCCUUCCACCUGCAUGCAAGAAAGACAGAAAAGAUGGCAAAACGCAUUCUCAGCAACUUCUCUGCAGCUCACUCACCCAAGUAAGUAGGGAUUGUAAUUCCCUGAAGGAGUAAAUACAGCUAUAGUUCUACACUCCAGAACACAGAGCAGAAAACAGCAAAUCACCAAAUGAGAAAACAAGUCAGAUUUCUACUGCCUAACAAAGCACUAUCUGUGGAAAGUAUUCUACACUGGAUUAAACUUGGGACUGAAAUAAGGAAAUAAGGGGGGAAAUGGCUUUCGGGAGAAAUGCAUUCUGCCUUGUUUGCAAUACCUGCAGUCUUGGUUGUGGAGACAGCCACCCUGUUUGAUGGAGACACAUUGCCUCCUUGUGCUCAUAAUGCACACCAACAACCCGUGAUGGGAUUUCCUCUACCGAUUUAGUGUGGGCCAAGAUGAACGUUCAGGCACUCACACUGUAAUUUAGUUGUGCCCUGACAUUUGUGCAGUGAUUACUUUUAUUCCAUGAGGCUCAAAAGAAAAACAGAGUGAGAUUUCCUAUUUUUAUUCCUCCACAAUGUCUUGUCUUGCAAACGGCCACCCAAUUCACAGAAUCUGCUGUCAGGUGGUCCCUGCAAUAGCAGUAUCUUCUGAACAGACUGCAUUUGGAAAACACAUCAGAACACAUAAAAGCUCUGAAGGUUGAAAAGGCUUCGUCUGGUACUUGUUUUCCAUUAAUAGGAUUAUUUGAUUACUAGUGUUUCCUAACUAAAAAAUGCACAGAUGGUCUGACUUACAAGCUUUAGAAACAGUAUCUCUUAGCCAGAGGGGGAAAAAAAUAGGGCAGGGACUUUUUCAAAGCUCCACGAAAUACGCUUGGGUUCUAUGCAGAUGACUUACCCUCAUUUGAAAAACAAACCACAAGCUCCCCUACAGUGCUCAGUGCCAUGCUCCAAAGCAGAGAGCUUACAUUCAACCAUUAGCGAGCCACCCCCUGCUGUAGUCCCACUACAACUUGCUCUGCUGAAAGCAAAGAUCACAGACCAACCACUUAUUUCCUUGAACUGUCUCUCACAUGCCACAACACACUCUGUUAAAGCCCCAGAAAGUCAAGGGUCCUUUCUGCUAGCGACUUCUGGGUUUGUCUUACACACCCAAGUUAUAUACAUGCUUCCACUAAUUUAAACAACAGAGGCACAAUAAAUUAGUUUUUUUAAAUCAGUUGAUUUAGGUUGGUACUGUUUGCACAGAUAGCGAAGCCUCUGGAAGUCUUUUUAAAGUCAGAGCUGGUUCCUGGCAGGUUCAUCUGGGAGAUAAGAGCUGUCUUGCGACUUGAGGUUUCUAAAUAAGGGACUCCUUAUCGAAGGACAAAGGAGAACAGACUCGUGUGGCAUCUCACAUGUUGAAUGUCUGUCGCUGUCUGUAAUACCAUCCUCAGGGAGCAAAGCUUCCCUCGGAACUGAUGGAGGUGCUGGAGUGACAAGUUAAAAGCUGUGGGAUUACUGCCGCCAGGACCAACCUGCCUUUUACCAACUUCGGCACCUUCCUUGCAGGCCAGGAUCAACUCCUUCACUUAAGUAGUACCGGUAGGGAACAGAAGGUGGAAACAAGAGCUUUCCCGAGUGAUUUUUCCUGAGUAAAAAACCAGAGUGAUUGCUCCAGACUGUGGUCCUGGUAAUGACAUCAGUUUUGUGAUCACUAUCAGGUAUCAGUUCCAGGUUGGUGUGUCUGUUUACUUAAUGCCAGACAGAAAUCCACUUAGAAAUGUGCAAACCAGGAGUACCACAUAUGUAGAAAUGACAAAAGGACUUUGUAUAUUUCUUCCAGAUACUUACUGCAUUAAAGGAGUUUAAUAAGAAACCUAUCUGAUUUAUGACCAGGUUUUCAGUGCACAUAAUCUAUUUGGAAUGGGAAAAAACCUCUCCUUUUGUAUUAUUGAGAAAGCAUCUAAAAGACUCUCAAUGCUAUCUUCUGAGAGACAACAGGUUUUCUCUAACUUUGCAAUAGUAGGACUUUCGUAAUCAUCUGUCCCAAAAAAUGAACUUGUAUAUUCUCAGUGGAUUUCCAGAACACAGAGCUCAAGCUUGAUCAAUGAGACUUUACCAGUCACAGCAAAAAACACAGAAAAGUAAAGAAGGUUUUAAAAUACUUGAAAGACAGAUGUUGCAUGGCUGUAUUAGGGCAACCAGAAAUAAAGAUAAAUCUAGAACAGGACACAAAAUGGUGGAAGACAUUAGAUCUAUCACUUCUCCUGUUACUCGCUUCCUCAGCACUGAGGCACCGACACUAAAUUGCUUCAUCAUCAUUUAUUACCAAAAGUUUGGGGGUCUCUUGUCCCUUCCUAAUACCGAGCAGCUUCUUCGAGGUCCUCUUCAGUGAUCCGCUGUCUAUUCAGGGCAUUUUAAAGAGAAUCUGAAAAACCCGGAAAGGUUAAUCUUCCAAAUUCUGCAAAGUGGGCCAAGCAGAAGAAGCAACCUCUGGGAAUACGGUAUCAAAACGCCCUAAGCAACAUCGCACGCUUUUUAACGCGGGCCCGCGGAACAGCGGCGCGGGGAGGCGAAGCAAACACGCGAGGAGCCGUUUCCCCCCGAGUGGGUGUAAGGCCGCGGCGGGGCCCGGGACCCCUCAGCCGGGAGGGCAGCGCGGACAGCGGGGCCCCCGGCCCUGCCCGCCGGUUCCCGGGUGGCCCCCGAGCCAGCCGCGGGCCGCCCACCCGUACCGGCGCGCCUGAGGGCCGGCCCGUGCCGCUGCCCCAACAGCGGCGGGGGGAGGCCGGU